AUGGUCUACUUCCGCAUCCGGCCGUUCCACAGGAUGAGCGGUGAAGUGACUACUUCCCCCCCUCCCUACUCCGCCAUCGCCGCCGUCAUCGUUGGCAUCAUCGUCGCCAUCAUCCUGCUCGACCUGUGCAUCUUCCGCUUUCCGGUGGGCCGCAACAUCCGCGAUUUCCUCGUACGCAAGAUACCCUUCUGCAUCGCGUUUUACAGCUAA